CUCCUAAGAAAUUCACCCAACAUACCAAGUGGUAGACUGUACCACCCGGCACCUUACCGUUGCUUUUAAAUUUUGCUUGAAGGGUAAAGCAAACUCUAUCCCUCACGCAGUCAGCAUGGCAUAUGCGGUGCAAGUGUCACCCCGGAUUCUUAUUUCAAAAUUCGGAACCGACUCUUCGUGUACUGCCCCGAACCCCCUGUCAAAUCUCAGGUCGCGGUCUGAAUCAUAGCCUCUGAAUGGCUCUGAAUGGCGAAUGUCAGACAUGAGCGCGGAAACGGUGCCGACUUCCGAUGUCGCCCCACCCUCAAUAACCUUUACUAAGACCAAAGGGUCCAGGGCGUCAUUAUAUUCUCUCAAGGCCGAAUGCGCGAGGGCGAGAGGGGGGCACGUCUUUCCUUCAGCUGAGAGAAGGUUUGCAGGAUGGCUUUGAAGUUUGGAAGAAGAAAAGAGGUGACACAGUGACGAGAGACGAGACGAGAGACGAGACGAGAUCAAGAUGCACGAGAAACGAAGCGAAGCGGAGGCUGAAGCGCCAGCCGAGGCGGGUGCUCGCGCAGACAGAACAACACUCGAAAGCCAAAUCGACGAGAAACACCAACGCGACGACCUCGACAUCGACAUCGACGCCUCGAAAGACAAGAACAUCCCCACCGACUCCUCUUCCGCAAGUAUCGAAGCAGCAGAAUCCUCUUCCAAAAUCGAAAAUGCUGCUCCUACACCCCCGCCUCCCAAGGAUGGCGCAGACUCGAAUCCAGAGGCGUCGCGCACAAAGCUCGAGACAACAAUCAUCAUGCUCUCCCUCUGCGCCUCCGUCUUCCUCGCCGCGCUCGACACGACCAUAAUAACUACCGCUUUGCCCACGAUAUCAGAAUACUUCCACUCCAACGCCGGCUACACCUGGAUCGGCUCUGCCUAUCUGCUCGCGAACGCAGCGAGUACACCAUCAUGGGGCAAGUUCUCCGACAUCUGGGGACGAAAGCCCAUCCUGCUCGUCGCCGCCGCUAUUUUCUUCGUCGGGAGUCUGCUAGCAGGAGUUAGCGUGAGCAUCGGGAUGUUAAUUGCUGCGCGAGCUAUUCAAGGCGUCGGCGGAGGAGGCCUGAUUAUAUUGGUCAAUAUUUGUAUUAGUGAUUUGUUCAGUAUGCGGAAUCGGGGCACCUACUUUGGGGUUAUUGGGAUGGUGUGGGCGUUUGCGAGUGCGGUGGGUCCGAUACUUGGAGGCGUGUUUACAGAGAAGGUGUCUUGGAGGUGGUGUUUUUAUAUCAACUUGCCAAUCACAGGAACCGUAUUCAUCCUCCUCUUCUUCUUCCUGCACCUCCACAAUCCCAAAACGCCAGUCUGGGAAGGCCUCAAAGCCGUCGACUGGGCCGGCUCCCUGACUAUCGUCGGCGGCACCCUAAUGCUCCUCCUCGGCCUCGAAUUCGGUGGUGUUACCUACCCUUGGGCCUCCGCAAAAGUCAUCUGCUUGAUCGUUUUCGGCCUCUUCGUCGCCAGCCUCUUCAUUCUCAACGAGUGGAAGCUUGCCCGCUAUCCCGUGAUGCCAUUGCGGCUUUUCAAAACCCUAUCGAAUAUUGCGUCGUUAGGAGUCACGUUCUGCCACGGCUACGUCUUCAUAGCAGGGACAUACUACCUACCCCUCUACUUUCAAGCCGUGCUAGGCGCCACUCCCUUAUUAUCCGGUGUCUACCUAUUACCCCUCGUGCUCUCGCUAUCUUUCGUGAGCGGCGCCACAGGCGUCUGGAUCAAGAAAACUGGAAAAUACCUGCCCGCAAUUUGGUUCGGGAUGGCGGUCCUCACGCUGGGCACAGGCUUAUACAUCGAUAUGGACGCGAGAAAGGCGUGGACGAAAAUAAUAAUUUUCCAGAUUAUUGCUGGCAUUGGCGUGGGGCCUAACUUCCAAUCGCCUCUCCUUGCUCUGCAAACAGGCGUUGCGCAGAGGGAUAUCGCGACUGCGACGGCGACGUUUGGGUUCGUGAGGAACUUGAGUACGAGUAUUAGUGUGGUUAUUGGUGGCGUGGUGUUCCAAAACGAAAUGCAGAAGCGCUACCCGUCUCUCGUUUCCUCCUUGGGGCUGGAAACAGCGAAUAUGCUGUCCGGCGGCUCGGCAGGCGCAUCAGUGGGGAUUGUCAAGGCACUCCCCGAGGCACAGAGGGCGGUGGCGAGGGAAGCCUUCGCGGGCAGUUUGCGGACGAUGUGGAUUAUGUAUGUUGCGUUCAGUGCGCUGGGGUUGGUGAUUAGUUUGGGGAUUGGGAGUACGAAGUUGAGUAAGGAGCAUGAGGUUACGAGGACGGGGUUGGUGGAGGAGGAGAAGAAGAGGAGGGAGAACAAGGAGUUGAAGAUGGCGACGAAGAGGGAGAGGAAUGGGGAGGUUGUUCCGAAGGAAGAAGUUUGAUGUGGUUGGGAACGGUGAUGUAUGAUUGCAUUUUGGCAUUUUCGGGAGUUUUGGGAAGGGGAUGAGAUAUCAAAUCUGCAUCAGCACAGCACAGCACAGCACAAGCAUACCAUUGGGUUGCAUUUCACAUUAUACGAUACGAGGCGUUCGGAGAAAAAUUAGACAUUAUUGUAUCCUGAUUCUAAUACUCGUACAUUCAUUCAUCU